GCCAGACAUGGCGGAGGCGGGGGGCCCGCGCGCGGGCCUCUGGCGGCCGGGUGGCGACGCGGCGCGGUGGCCUCUGCAGCGGUAUGGCCGUUUCAUGCCCUUGGGCGCGGGAGAGCCGUCGGGCCCGGGCCCGGAAGCUGGGAGGGCCUCUCCCCCUACGUGGAAGGUUUUUGACUCCAAUGAAGAAUCUGGGUAUCUUGUUCUCACCAUAGUUAUAUCAGGUCAUUUCUUCAUUUCCCAAGGACAAACACUUCUGGAAGGGUUUUCACUCAUUGGUAGCAAGAACUGGUUGAAGAUUGUGAGACGCAUGGAUUGUCUGUUGUUUGGAACAACGAUAAAGAACAAGAGCCGCAUGUUCCGGGUACAGUUCAGUGGAGAGUCCAAGCAGCAGGCGCUGGAGCACUGCAGCAGCUGUGUGCAGAGCCUGGCCCAGUACAUAGCCGUGCAGGUGCCCGACGGGGACCUUCGGGACCCUGGCCUGAGGGCAGGUGGAAGCGGCGGGGAGGGCUGUGUGCCAACCAUCCCACGGCAGCUCGGAUCACACCAGCAGCCGGAGCAGCAGCAGUGUGCCCCAGGAGGAAGGACCUCAGUGACCCAGUUAGCUCAGUCUCUCCUGGCCUCAGAGGAGCUGCGUGCUGUCCACAAACAAUCUGCGUGGGAUGCUGCAGAGCUAGGCUCCUUUCUCCGCUCCUGCCUCAUGGACCAGAACUUCCCGGCUUUUGUGGAAGAGGUGGAACAGGAACUAAGAAAACUGAUGGGGUUGAGAGAUUAACACUCUGUGUACAUACAGAACUAAGAGACUUGGAAAAAUGCUCCCUCCUUAAGACUAGAAUAAAGAAUAUUAUUCCAAACAUCUU